UCUGCCUCAAGAAAACAAUAAUGGCGUAUUCAGUGAAUAUUUCUGUAGAAGCACCGAUCGAGAAUCAAAUUCAGGAAAUCACUUACGAUGGUCAAGAAAUUUACCAAGCACCUCUUACAUUAUCCGAAAACUUGGCAAAAAUCGCGCAAAAAAUCGAUUUCAGUAAAACUAAUGGUGAAGAUGUGAAAAAGGAAUUAGAAAAUGGAGAAAAAAGUGAAGAAGACACAAAAGACUCUGCUUCUUUUCAGUCAUCUUUAUGGCCAUGGGACAGCGUUAGAAAUAAAUUAAGAAAUGCAUUGACAGAAGUAUGUGUAUUAGCAGAUGUUCUUGCAAUAGCAAAAGAGAAACAUUAUAUGGUUCUUGAUCCAGUACCCCAAGAACCAACAGAAGUAAAACCUAUGAUACAAGUAUAUGCUAGGAAAAAAGCAUUAGCUGGGGCUGCAUCUGUCAUUAUGAUGGGUGCUGAUAGAUUAAAAAAUUGUCAAAAUGAAUUAGCUAGAAAUAGAUCAACUCCAGAUUUUCACAUUGAAUUAUUAAGAUUGAGACAAAAUUGGCGUUUGAAAAAAGUUUCUAAUUCAAUCAUUGGUGAUCUUAGUUAUAGAACAGCUGGAUCUAAAUUCCCUCAGACAGGUAUGUUUGAAGUUACAAAAGCAGAAGAAGAAGAAAAAAAUAGUACAAGCCCUCCUGCAUCUCCAAAUGCUAGUAAUAAUACAUCUGGUCAGACUCAUCCUCCAAAUUCCAAAGCAUCUGCAUUGAGAGUUACUAUUCCAAGUGAAUUACAGGGUGUUGCUUAUAUAGAAGUAUUAUGUCAAAAAGAUCAAGAAGAUUUAUGUAGUGCAAAUAAGUUACUUAAUAACAGUGCACAUAGUUCCAAUGCAGAUAUGCACUGGCAACAAAAAUUGGAAGCUGCACAAAAUGUUCUUUUUUGUAAAGAAUUGUUCAGUCAAUUAGCAAGAGAAGCUGUACAUUUACGCGCGCCUAUACCUCACAUGGUCGUUGGCAAUCAAAUCAUGGCAACAGUGCUGCCUGGAAUUCAAUUAAUUAUAGGACUUUGUCAUAGUACGGGAAACGAUAAAAAACCAACUGCUCCUCCUCCUCAUAAAAGCGAACAUGAUCAUGUGCUAGAGCAUUCUUUGCAUCAACUUUUACGUGAAGUUCAUCACAAAAAUACUCAUCACCCAUUUCCACAUCCUUCUUCUGGACCCCUUGGACCUAGUAAAAGAAGAUGUUUAGCUGGUCCAACAGCUGCCGAUCGAUACGAACUUUUAGAAAUGACAAAAAGUCAAACUCUCUUAGAACAAAUUAUCCAACAGGCUCAACAUUAUUUUAUGCGAUUGCGCACCGAAUAUGUGUUAGAUACAAUAGCAAAAGAAGUGAAAGAUCCUUUAAUUGUAUCUCAUUGGAAUGCAUUGAAUUCUCCUACACAAUCGUGUGUAAAGAUUAAUAUUUUAACACAUGGAUAUGACACUGUAUAUCGAACAUCACUUGUUGUUCAUAUAGGAGAAAAAUCUCUCAAAUGUGUGUGCCGAGAUGGUAGAGUAAUGCAUAUGAGUUAUGAACCUCAAGAAUUACGUGAUUUAAUAUUUUGUCAGAUUUAUCAGCAUCAAAUAACAGCAGUACAAGCAUUAGCAAAAUGUAUGGGUUGGCAAUUUUUAGCUAAUAGUUCACACCUUGGUCUAGGUGCAGUUGAACCUCUAGGAAAUGCCAGUAGUUGUAUUUUAGCUUCACCAAUAGGCGAUAGAAUGAUAGCUGUUAGAUGUGAACCACAAACAGGAGUACAAGUUGCGAUAGCUCAUUCUCCCAGAAAAGAUUUCUUUCCUGGGCAAUUAGUAAGAGAAAGAAAAUGGGAAAAUUUAGGUGGUUCUUUCAAAGAAGUUCGGUGGGACAAAAUGGAAGGAAAGAAUUUUUUAAACAAAAUGGAAUUACUUAUGGCUUCCUUAACAAGUUCCUAGAUGUUAUCAAUGACUGACUAGGAAUUUAUUCCACAGGGUGAAAACAUGAUUAAAAAUCCAAAUUUUAUCUUGUGUUUAAUAUAUAUCUUUUUUAUUGUAUAAUUGAAUCAUAAGUGAAUUUGUUCGAGUAAUCUCGUGACUGUGAUUCAUUUUAUUUUAUAAUUUUUUCUUUUUUCAACGAAAAAAUGAUUAAAAUGUUCAUACUUUUUGAA